GGGUAGGAGCCUGAUUGACUGCUGGAUUGGCAAUUGACUCUAUAAUUCUUAUUUCCAACUUUAUUUCCUGGAUCAUCAAAAGAUCAGUGUGUGAAGAUAAAAAUCUGUGACAGAUCUGUUGUCAAAUUUGGGACAGUGGUAAAGGUCAUUAAUUGAGCCUUCUCUGUAAGUGUUACCAUGACUGGGGCAGAGAUUGAGACUGGUGCCCAGGCCAAGUGUGAAAAGAAGGCUGGGGAAGAAGUUGUUAGUGGGACUGAGCGAGAGAAUGAAGUCCCUCUGGUGGUCAGACCCAAGGUUAGGGCCCAGGCCCAGGUAACAACUGGAGCAAGGCCUAAAACUGAAACCAAGUCUGCACCUGGGGCAAGGCCCAAAACUGAGGCCCAGAAAGUGGCUGGGGCAAGACUCAAAACUGAGGCACAGACAAUGGCUGGGGCUAGGCCCAAGACAGAGACCCAGGCAAUGGCCGGGGCACGGCCCAAAACUGAUGCCAGGGCAGUAGGUGGUGCACGUCCUAAAAGUGAGGCCAAAACAGUCUCUGGGGCAAGGCCUAAGGAUGAUGCCCAGGCAUGGGCCCAGACUGAGUUUGGUACUGAGGCAAUGUCACAGGCAGAGGGAGCAUCCCAGACUAAUGCUGUCACCUGGCCAUUGGUCAGUACUGAUUCUGGAUCAGUUACUAAAUCUAAGGGCCUGCCUGUAGAUAGAGAACUGGUCAGUUUGGAUGCUGAAACCUUUCCUGGCAACCAGGGCCAGGCAGGAAUCCAGCCCUGGUUUGGACCAGGGGAGGAGACUAGUAUGGGGUCUUGGUGCUACCCCAGGCCCAGAGCUAGAGAAGAAGCCUCUAAUGAGUCUGGAUUUUGGUCAGCAGAUGAGACCUCUACCGUGUCUUCUUUCUGGGCUGGAGAAGAAGCCAGUAUCAGAUCAUGGCCCAGAGAAGAGGCCAAUACCAGGUCCAGGCACAGAGCUAAACAUCAGACUAACCCCAGGUCCAAGUCUACAUCCAAGCAAGAACCCUAUAUUGAUUCCUGGUCUGGGUCUGAGGAUGAGUCUGGUAACCCGUUCUGCUUUUGGGCUGGAGAAAAUACCAAUAACUUGUUCCGGCCUAGAGUUAGGGAAGAGGCAAAUGUCAGGUCCAAGCUCAGGACAAAGAGAGAGGAUUAUUUUGAAUCUGAGUCUGAAGAUGAAUUCUAUAAAGAGUCCUGGUUUUUGCCUGGAGAAGAGGCCAAUAAUAGAUUCAGGCGCAGAGACAAGGAAGAACCUAAUAACAUCUUGAAAUCCAGGGCCCAGAAAGAUGCUAAAAACAUUGAUAGGGCCAAACAAGAGCCCAGGUUUGAGGAAGAUGUCAUUAUUGGGUCCUGGUUCUGGGCAGAAAAAGAGGCCAGUUUGGAGGCUGGAGCUUCGGCAAUCUGUGAAUCUGAGCCAGGGGCUGAGGAGGGAGCCAUUGGUGGAUCAUUGUUCUGGGCUGAGGAAAAGUCCAGUUUGGGGGCUGUGGCCAGAGAAGAGACCAGGCCUGAGUCUGAAGAAGAGGCCAUAUUUGGGUCGUGGUUCUGGGAUAGAGAUGAGGCCUGCUUUGACCUAAAUCCCAGUCCUGUAUACAAGGCCAAUUGCAGGUACAGAGAUCCUGCUGAGGAUGAGCUUAAUGCAUCAUCCAGGCCUCAAACUUGGGAAGAAGUCACUGUUGAAUUUAAACCUGGUCCUUGUCAUGGGGUUGGCUUCCCAUCCACAAGUCCCUUUAGAAUUCCUGAAGGGUCUUCUGAAAUGAAUGAGGCAAAGUCCAAGAAUGUGGAACUUGGCCCAGAAGGGGAAGAGCAGGAAUCUUUGCUUCAAUCUGAUCGGGCUGAACCUGAGUUCCCAUUUCAGUAUGAUCCCUCAUACCGGUCUGUGAGGGAAAUUCGAGAGCAUCUUAGGGCCAGGGAGAGUGCAGAGCCUGAGAAUUGGUCCUGUAGCUGCAUUCAGUGUGAGCUUAAAAUUGGUUCUGGAGAGUUUGAAGAACUCCUUUUAUUAAUGGAUAAAAUUCGAGAUCCUUUUAUUCAUGAAAUAUCUAAAAUUGCAAUGGGUAUGAGAAGUGCUUCUCAAUUUACCCGUGAUUUCAUUCGGGAUUCAGGUGUUGUCUCACUUAUUGAAACCUUGCUGAAUUAUCCCUCCUCUCGAGUUAGGACAAGUUUCCUAGAAAACAUGAUUCACAUGGCUCCACCUUAUCCGAAUCUAAACAUGAUUGAGACAUUCAUAUGUCAGGUGUGUGAAGAAACGCUUGCUCAUGGUGUGGAUUCCCUUGAACAGAUGACUGGGAUAAGGAUGCUUAGACAUCUCACUAUGACUACUGACUAUCACACACUGAUUGCCAAUUAUAUGUCCGGGUUUCUCUCCUUGUUAACCACGGGCAAUGCAAGAACAAAGUUUCAUGUUCUGAAAAUGCUACUGAAUUUGUCUGAAAAUCCUAUGGUGGCAAAAAAGCUAUUCAGUGCCAAAGCUCUGUCAAUAUUUGUGGGUCUCUUUAAUAUAGAAGAGACAAAUGAUAACAUUCAGAUUGUUAUUAAAAUGUUUCAAAACAUCAGUAAUAUUAUAAAAAGUGGAGCAUUGUCCUUGAUUGAUGAUGAUUUCAGUCUUGAUCCGCUUAUGUCUGCAUUCCAUGAAUUUGAGGAGUUAGCUAAGGAUCUACAAGUCCAAAUAGACAAUCAAAAUGAUCCUGAGGUGGGACAACACAGUUAGUAUGGUUAACCACCUGCCGCUGAUCAGCCUUAUGUUCCCAAAGAACCCUGAAUAGUGCUUUGGUGUUCACAGUCUGGCUUUAUGUUGUAACAAUUUUAAUGCCUAUAUUAACUUGUCAAACUCUUGUUUUGAGCUGGGUUAACUUUUGGAUGCCAAAAUGAAUAUUAGAACUGAAAACACAUUUGUUGAUAUUUGUCUUGCUGUCCAGAUUGUGAUAUUUUUUCGUGUUGAGCUUCUGAUGAGCUAAGUCAUCCGAGUAUAAGCUACCCUGCUAUUCGUUGUUUAAACAUGUGGUUCUCUACUUGAGUCUGUGUUUUCAAUAAAGUUCUAUGUUAAAAUUGGCAUAA